UACGCGUUCCCGCAGCCUCCGCUUUUUGGCAAGUAAAAGAAGAAAGGCUCUGGGCCAACCAGUCAACCAGUCCCCUGACCUCUCCCCAUCACCGAAUCGAAAGAAGAAAUAAAAAUCAGAUAAGAAAGCGAAAAACUCUCUUCCCCCUCCGCCCUGCACUACAUUUUCGUCAUUAUUACCAGAUUACAAGGUCUAGUCGGCUACUAAAAUGUUUGCAAAGAUGGCAAGAACCACCCGUGCAGCAGCCGCGGCCGCAAAAAAAAAGAAGCAAAAAGAGGAGAGUUCAUCGCAAGUAUCUGGGCUCGAUGAAAAGGAGGAAUCGGGGGACGAGGAGCUCGGAGUUUCAGUGCACAAUACACAGACAUUUGCUGCGGCGGCCAGUCAGGUUACAACUGCUAUCGUUGAGUCUGCGAGUUCGGCGAAGACUGUUUCUACCUCAUCAAAGAAGAGGGGGGCUGUUACCGAGGAGGAAGAGGAGACGGUCAGAGUUAUUAAGAAGGCUCGCGGGGAGAAGGACGAGAUUAUGAUUCCCGCUGCGAGGACCGCAGGGGUAAAGAUGAUGGUUGGGGCUCAUGUCAGCAUGGCUGGGGGUGUUCAACAUGCCAUCGCGAACAGUUUGAAUAUAGGAGGGAACGCGUUUGCGCUGUUCUUGAAGAGUCAGCGAAAGUGGACGAGUCCAGAUAUGAAAGAGGCAGAUGCAAAGGCUUUCCGAGCGGGUUGUGAAGAGAAUGGAUUUGAUCCUAGGAAACACAUUCUCCCUCAUGGAUCGUACCUGAUAAACCUUGCCAACGGCGACGCCGAAAAGGCGAAGAAAGCAUACGAUUGUUUCCUCGAUGACCUGAAGCGUUGUGAGAGGCUGGGGAUUGGUCUGUACAAUUUUCACCCCGGAUCAACGCUUGGACUCUCGCGCUCGGAAUCGCUCACUCGUGUUGCAAAGGCGCUCGAUAAAGCACACUCCGAAACUAAGUACUGCAUCACAGUAUUAGAGAACAUGGCCGGAGCUGGGAAUGUCAUUGGUGGAAAAUUUGAGGAUUUAAGAGAUAUUAUUGCGAAGGUUAAGGAUAAGGAUCGUGUGGGUGUUUGCCUUGACACAUGCCAUUUAUUCGCAGCCGGUCACGACAUCCGCACCCAAGAGUCCUAUGACAAGGUGAUGUCCAACUUUGACCGAAUAAUCGGCCGCAAAUACCUCGUAGCUCUCCACAUCAACGACUCUAAAGCUCCCCUAGCCUCAAAGCGAGAUCUGCACCAGAACAUAGGCCUCGGCUUCCUUGGUCUUGAACCCUUCCGCUUAAUCAUGAAUGACGAGCGUCUCGAGGGUCUCCCGCUAAUCCUCGAGACGCCAAUGGAAGAGGAAAAAACGUGGGCAGAGGAAGUCAAGCUCCUGGAAUCCCUCAUUGGAGUGGAAGGCGACGACCCGGAGUUCUUGGCGAAGGCGAAAGAAUUGGCGGAUAGGGGUGCAGGCGAGAGGAGGACUGCUGGGAUUGCAGCACAGAAGAAGGCUUUUAAGGCUGUUGCCAAACCGAAGAAGCGGGGAAAGAAAAGUACGAAGAAGGGUGGGAAUGAGAGUGGUGAAAGUGAUGAUGGGGAGCACAGCUGUUAGGUCCUAUGGAUGAAGUUGUUUCAAAGUCUUUUUUGCUUAUCCUGGCUUUUCUUUUCCUUUUGCUCGAUUCUUGUGUAGCUAUUUCUACAUGGUUUGCGCUAUUCGAGAACUUGUGUAUAUGAUCGAUUGUCUGACUUGUUGGGUCUGUUGCUUGGCUGGAAUUUCUCUUGUGCUUGCUGUGCUUUUCCAAAAAUGUAACUGCCUGUUCAU